CAGCCACUUUAUCUUCUUGAUCCAUACUCCAUUGACGCAGAGAAAGAAAGAGAGCGAGAGAGAGAGAAGAUGGCGAACACGAGUGCUGCGGUGGUCGGAGCAGGGCUUUCAUGCUCAAGCGUCUACCUUUCAAAAAGACCCAUUUCGCAGUUUUCGCAAUCGUCUCGUCGUUUUUGCUGUGUCAAAAUGGCUGUCUCACUCGACGAGAAGAAGAAUUUUACUCUGAAAAAGUCAGAGGAGGCUUUCACUGCUGCUAAGGAGUUGAUGCCUGGAGGUGUAAAUUCCCCUGUUCGUGCUUUUAAAUCUGUCGGCGGACAACCUAUUGUCAUUGAUUCUGCCAAGGGCUCUCACAUGCGGGAUAUUGAUGGCAAUGAGUACAUUGAUUAUGUUGGUUCAUGGGGACCUGCAAUUAUUGGCCAUGCAGAUGAUGAGGUACUUGCAGCCCUUGCUGAAACAAUGAAGAAAGGAACCAGCUUUGGUGCUCCUUGUCUUCUAGAAAAUGUACUAGCAGAGAUGGUCAUCUCAGCUGUUCCAAGCAUUGAAAUGGUUAGAUUUGUGAACUCAGGUACAGAAGCAUGCAUGGGUGUGCUCCGGCUGGCCCGUGCUUACACUAGCAGGCCAAAAAUCAUCAAGUUUGAGGGUUGUUAUCACGGUCAUGCUGAUCCCUUCCUUGUCAAGGCCGGUAGUGGUGUUGCCACAUUGGGACUACCAGACUCUCCAGGUGUUCCCAAAGCAGCAACUAUUGAUACUCUAACAGCCCCCUAUAAUGACUUCUCAGCCGUGGAAGAACUCUUUAAGACCCACAAAGGAGAAAUAGCUGCAAUUAUCCUUGAACCUGUGGUUGGGAACUCUGGCUUCAUUCCUCCUAAGCCAGACUUCCUCAAUGCCAUUCGCAAACUCACAAAAGAAAACGAUGCUCUCCUCAUCUUUGAUGAAGUUAUGACCGGAUUCCGUUUGUCUUAUGGUGGAGCUCAAGAGUACUUUGGCAUAACUCCUGAUUUAACAACACUUGGAAAGAUCAUUGGUGGUGGUCUGCCGGUGGGUGCAUAUGGAGGAAGGAGGGAGAUCAUGGAGAUGGUAGCACCAGCUGGACCAAUGUACCAAGCUGGGACCUUGAGUGGAAACCCAUUGGCAAUGACUGCAGGAAUACAUACCCUCAAGCGGUUGAUGAAGCCAGGAAAUUACGAAUACUUGAAUAAGAUCACAAGCGAACUUACUCAAGGUCUCUUGGAAGCUGGGAAGAAGACUGGCCAUGCAAUGUGCGGUGGAUAUAUAGGUGGGAUGUUUGGGUUUUUCUUCUGUGAAGGACCUGUACACAACUUUUCAGAUGCAGAAAAGAGUGACACUGAAAAGUUUGCAAGGUUUUAUAGAGGCAUGCUGGAAGAAGGUGUUUAUUUUGCACCUUCACAGUUUGAGGCUGGGUUUACAAGCUUGGCGCAUACCUCUGAAGAUAUUCAACAAACAAUAGCUGCGGCAGAAAAAGUUUUAAGGCGGAUUUAGAUUUAUAUCUUUUGUACUAUUUUCCCCAUUUUCUUUCUUUUCUACUAUUUUCCCCAUUUUCUUUCUUUUCUUAUCUCUUGCAUAGCUGCCAUCUUUUGUAGAUGUACUGGAGAGUUUGUUUUGUAGUCAUAAGUCAUGUAUGAUUAGAACCUGAAUGUUCUAGUUUAACAUUUUACCCUUGAAAAGUUGUUGAGUGUAUUACCUGUA